AUGCCCUCGGCCCUUGGCACGCUGCCCACGGCGCCCCGUCCCUUGGCGCCCCCUGCUCGCGACUCCCACGGCGCCCCCGUCCCUUGGCGCCCCCUGCUCGCGACGCCCACGGCGCCCCGUCCCUUGGCGCCCCCAGCUCGCGACACUCACGGCGCCCCGUCCCUUGGCGCCCCCCUGCUCGCGACGCCCACGGCACCCCGUCCCUUGGCGCCCCCUGCUCGUGACGCCCACGGCGCCCCGUCCCUUGGCGCCCCCUAUCCGCGACACCCACGGCCCUUGGCGCCCCCCUACUCGCGACGCCCACGGCCCCCCGCGCUCGCCCUCGCGGCCCCCCGUCUCCUCCCGUUCGCUCCUUGCGACGCCCUCGACAGACGCCGCCCAUCGCGCACGCCCCCGACAUCCGCGACCCGCUGCCCCUGCCAACCAGCGACGCGGGUCGCGACCCCUGCGACCGACGCCCCUCGUCGCCCUCGACCCCCUAGACCCGCGACCCUCGACUUUCCCCUUCACACCAUCCCGUCGUAUCCCCACCCCUCCCUCCUCCUGUGGCUGAUCCCUCCUCCCCCCCUUAUUCGCACCUUCGUUUUCAUUUUCCCCAUCCUCCCUCCUCCUGUGGCUGAUCCCUCCCUCCUCAUUCUCACCUUCUCUCCUCAUCUUUCAUUUUCCCCAUCCCCCCUCCUCCUGUGGCUGCUUUCUCCCCCCCCUGCAUCAUGGCUACCGACACCAUGCCAACUGACAUAA